AUGUCAGUCUCUUCUAUAUUCGGCUCUCCAGUUAACUGGGCACCCGGAGCCUCAACUGCACCAUCUUCCAAGCCUGUCCAUGGGGAGAUUAAAACAGUACCAAUAGGCACCGGUUUUGGUUACGAUGGGCUGUCGAUAGAGUGUUCUUCACGGCCACAGAAGAAGGCAACUGCACAUCACAGGAAAACAAGGCCAAGAAAGAGUCAGCCAUGGGACAUAAGGCGCAAACCCACUGUUUAUGCUCCUUUACCUCCUCUACCUCCUGAUUGGACUCUUGUUUCUUCUUGUACUGCUGCUGAUGGUGAUGCUACUGAGGCUGCUUUGCCUUCAACUUCUGCUUUACAGGAACCAGUUACAAGUGGGUAG